UUUAGUUGAAAAGAAAAUCAAUUCACACCUUUUUUUUUAAAAAGAAGUAAGGUGUAAAAGAAAAAACAAAUAAGGUUAUGAGCUGGCAUUUUUCACUUUCCACCUCAAAUUCCUUCCAUCACAAUUUCACAAACCCCAACACAAACCAACACAAAGACCAAAAAAAACCACGUUAGAUUCCCACCAUCACAUAAUCCCCACAGGCUUUCUCAGAAGAUGACUGACAUGUUGCAACAAGCAAAAUUGAUGCCCCUGGGAGUGGAAGGACAGCUGUCUAUGCUUUCAGAGUCUGACUGGUCCAUAAACUCAAACCAAAGGAUUAAAGUCUAAGCUACUUUGCGUCGCUGGCCUGGCCAUGGAAUGAAAAGCCAACAAGCUAGGUCAGCAAUUGAUGCCCCGGGACUGAAUUGUGAACUGAUGUAAACAGAAUGCGACUUGGACUAGUGCACUCAAACUUUAAUUGCAGAAAUGUAAACUAAGCUCAUUGAAGAUAACAUGGAACUUUAAAAAUCAAAUUAAUGAGAUUGCAUUUAAAUGAAAAUUGACAUUUGCAAAAACAUGAAUUAAUAACCAUAAGUAUAGAAUGCACUGUUGAGUCUUACAAAGGGAACUUAUGAAGCCAAAAGAACAAGUCCCAAAUAAAACAACUAAAAUUUCAAAUUACAGAGCUGGAGAAACAACUCUCGUAACCUACUAAAGCAUUCCUAAAAGUAAUUAUGUUAAGUAAUGUUGAGAAGAGAAGAGCAUGCCUUCUUUCAAUUGUUCUGAAUCCCUCGUAUUUAUCUCUGAUGAAUGCCCAAAAAAUAACUUGUAACCACCCUUAACUGCAAAAAACGUGACCAUAAUUGCCUCAUCUAAUUGAACAGGUUAUCAAGACUUGGUCAAUUCCUGCAUCAAAACUCACCAAUCAUCACCUACUUUCUUUUCUUCAAACUCUAGAUCUCCCGUGAUCCAUUUGUUAAAUUUGACUGAUAUUACUUAACAUAUCAUAGACACUAUCUCCUAUAAUUUAGAUUCAAUCAAUUGUUUCAAAUCAAUAGUGUCAACCAUUUGUUAGGCCAUACCCCAAAUGUGGGGUGACUUAAUCGUAACCACUCAAUUGAAUCACAAGACAAGUAGCACCAU